AUGCUCACCAAAUCUCUGGGCCUCACCUCAGAUAAUGUAACUUAUGAUCUAGAGGACUCGGUAACGCCUCAUGAGAAACCCAAUGCACGGCAAGCACUGGCCAAGCAUCUCUCAGCCCUCUCAUCAUCACCAUCAUCCCGACCAAAGGGCAUAGGCGAGGUCGCCGCCCGCAUCAACGCCGUCUCAACGCCGUACGCGCUGGAGGACCUGCAGGCGCUGGGCAAGGAGCCAAGCCUCGAGGCAAUCGUGAUCCCCAAGGUGAACUCGGCCUCGGACCUGACCUUCGUCGCGGACGUGUUGAAGCACGUCGCGCCGCAGCGGCAGGACGCCGCCCGGGGCGCGCCGCAGCCCGUCAAGCUGCUCGCCCUGAUAGAGUCGGCCGAGGCGGUGCUCAAUCUGGCGUCGAUCUGCAGGGCCGGGACGCGGGACGGCGUCGGGCUGUCGGGCCUGAUCUUCGCGGCCGAGGACUUCUCCCUGGACCUCAGCCUGACGCGGACGCCAUCGCUGAGGGAGUUCCUGUACGCGCGCUCCGCCAUCGCGACGCACGCCCGGGCUUUCAACCUCCCGUCCACCAUCGACCUGGUCUGCACCACCUUCCGCGGCGAGGAGGGGCUCCAGCGCCUGCGGGAGGAGUGUGUUGACGGCAAGGGCAUGGGCUUCAAUGGGAAGCAGUGCAUUCACCCUUCGCAGGUCGAGGUGGUACAAAACACAUUUGCCCCGUCUGAGAGCGAGGUGGAGUGGAGCGUCAGGAUCGUUGUGGCUGAUGAGAAGGCCAGCAAGGGGGACAGGGCCGGAGAGGCUGGCAGGGGAGCAUGGACGCUCGAAGGAAAGAUGAUCGAUGCGCCCGUCGUGAGUAGGGCAAAGGCCGUGGUGACUAGAGCGGCGAGGUGUGGGUUUGAUGUCGAUGGCAUGAGAGAACGGUGGAAGGACCAAGAGCCCGAGUGA